AUGGCCGACGCCAGCACUCCGGUACUCAGCCUUCCUGGCGACAUCCUUCUCUAUCUGGCAGCGUUCUUUCGGCCAAGUCCGGCCGAGGUGAAAAACGGGCCCGAGUUGGACGACACCUGUCUCGCAGCAUGCGCCAACAUACCUGCCGUAUGCAGAAGAUGGCGCGAGAUCUGCUUGGAGUCGCCAUCAUACUGGUCGUGCUUCGUACUGCCCAAGAGAUACGUGCACCCCAAGCGCAUGCUCGCGCGCGUCCGAGAUGCUCCUCUCGACAUCUAUAUCGAAGUGUCGGGAGAUGCUACUAUUGCGGAUCAGGCACAGAUUGCAGCAGAUCUAUCCUUGCUCAAUGAGCAUGAUGAUGCUCGCUACGUCAGAUCCUUCUCCUUGCACAGCCACAAGGACGUCCCCAUCGCGGGAACGUUACUUGAAAGUGCUAUGCAGGUUCUCAACCUCGCCCAUACACGUCUAGAGCACCUGUACUUUCACGACGGUCACCCCCCUCCGUCGGAGCGCGUCAAGAGCCCUGCACAAGCCCUGGUCUUGCAAUCCCCUUAUCUCUCCACCUUCACACUGAGAGGCCACCAACGCCUAGACUGGUCCCCGAAAACUUGCAUCCUACGCCAGCUCACCCAUCUUUACCUCGACUCCUUCAACUUCGCUCACAUGUGUGGCGCUCUUGCAGACAUGCCUCAGCUGCAGACUGUAUUCGUCGAUCUUGGGGACGGACAGUUAGCCCAAGAGGUGGACUUCAUCCCUUCCCCAAAGUCAUUGUCGUGGCCAGCGCUCAAGGAGCUGACAUUACAAUGCCACCCUAUCGACGUUCCUGUCUUCUGGAACGCCUUGAACAUAUCACAGUCCGUUCGGGUUACGUUCAUCAUCAUCGACCAAAGCCCGUUCGUUUCGCGACCAAGAUCGCGCACACUGCUCGAAAGCGCGCUCUCCAUGUUCUUCCCGAAGCGCGGCGGUGAUACAUCUUCCCCGAAACUGAACUGUCUGAGCGUACCGUGUCGAGAAAUGAAUGGCGAACUUCUGCCAGUCAGGACUCUCCUAGACUUUUACGCCGAAGGCUCGGAGGAGCCUGUGUCGUACCAGGACGAUGAGGAUGGAAGAGUGCGCCGGAUGCUCGGGCGACCCGCGAUGUCGUUCUGGAUCGAGACCAAGUACGCAUAUCCGGAAGCCAUGAGAUAUCUGGGUACCUCAUUCAGUCACCUCGACUCGCUACACAUUGGCUAUCAGGAUGAUCCCCAAAUCAUCUAUGGGAUGCUUCCCUGUGUGUUCCACAUGUCCGCGCUUCAGAGGGUGCACAUUCAGGGCGGCAUGGAAGUACCACACCUUCUCAGGUUCCUCAUUGGCUCACGUGUACCCGGACUCCGCUACCUCAUUAUCGAGAUCCUCGAAGGAGUGGCCAGAUCUGACAAUAAUCCUGCGGCCUCUGUACUUCGAUACCUGGACAUGAGAUUUGACUGCGAUCUCCCAGACUUGGAGUACUUGGAACUUCGCGGUUGUGACAUGGACGAGGACACGGAGUUGGGGCUCAGAGAUCUCGUACGAAACCUUGCAUUCAGUGGAGCGGAGGAUUUAUAG